AUGGAUAAAUUCACUGGAAUAAUCAGCGAUGAAAAGUUUUCCAAGAUAAGUUUGGCUGUUGCUCAAUAUCCCAAAAGUUUGGUACAUUGGGAAGAACUUUUGAACUAUCUCAUCUCUAACUCGCUUCCUCUCAAUAGGUCCUUAGAUCACAGGUUGUACGAAUUGAUUGAGACCACAUACGAUUCCAUGCUCUCUCAUUUUCCUUACACGGAGAACUAUUAUAUUGACCACGCUUUAUUUCAGUAUAAAUUGGGAAAGGUGUCUAAAAUGCACGCCGUUUAUCAGCAAGGGCUUAAAGUUUUCAGUUACCGAUCACUACACCUUUGGAUAUCAUAUUUGAAGCUCUGUAAUGAAGUUGUUACAAGUAACAAACUGUUAUUUCAAAAAUAUGAGACGGCAGAGAAGUAUAUUGGACUUCAUUACUUUAGUGGGGAGUUUUGGGAUCUCUAUUUGCAGCAAAUACAGGAAAGAUGUCAAAGGAAGGAGCGAUACUUUAUCAUACUUCGAAAAGUUUUAGAGAUACCUUUGCAUUCUUUCAGCAGAUUUUAUGCCGCAUGGUUGCGCCAUAUCGAAGAAGUUCAGGACGUGAGCCAACUAAACAGUUUUAGUUCCAACGAAGAUCUGAUGAAGAAAUUAAAGAUUGAUGUCACUUAUCGUGGUAGAAAGGGCCCUUAUCUUAUUGAAUGUAAGAAAUUAUUGAAAAAAUUUACUAAGGAGCUUUACAUGGUUGUUCAAUAUCAAGUGCUCGAAAUAUAUUCUCUUUUCGAAUCAAAGCUUAAAACGCAUUAUUAUAGUGGCCCUGCCACGCUGCUGCCUGCUGUUGAAGUUGAAAUAUGGGAUAAAUAUUUGGAUUACACUAUGUCACAACGGCUUGAUUCAUUGACUCAUCUUAACUUUCAAAGAGCAUUACUGCCUUUUGCACAUUAUGAUAUAUUCUGGCUUAAAUAUGCAAAUUGGCUUAUAGAUUACAGUGACGACAUAGCUAGCGCUAGAAACAUUUUAAUCAAAGGGUUGUCAAUGUCUUCAAAAAAAAAUGCAAUCGCAAAACUACUUUAUGCCACACUCUGCAGAUUAAAUGAUUAUGACUUUCUAGCACUGAUAUUUGAACAACACGAAGAUGCUCAUGGUGACCACAUUGAAAACGUGGAUGAUUUUGAAGUCUUUUGGGACUAUGUUCAAUUUCAGACGUUUUGUAGUAGCGUUACAAAAAGCAGAUAUUCGAAAUCUGAAUUACAUUCUUUCAUGACACCUAACGUUUUGGAUGUCAUUUUAAAACGGCUGAGUUUGCAGGAGUCCAAAAUUGAUCAACUUCUUCUAUUGUCCUCAAUUCUCCAACUCCAAACAAAAAGUAACACGACAUUCAUCGAGGAAAAAAUUUUUAAACAUAUUAUUAGAUCUAAUUGGGAGUUUUUCUUGCAAAAUGGACAGUUCUGGUCGUUAUAUUCUCGAUUGACUUUUUUCAAUUCUUCCUUGUCUUACCUAGAAAAGAGACGCCAUAUUGUGAAGAAUAUAUGGUUACAAGGAAAACGCUAUAAUAUAAAAAAUCUUGAACCUUUACGAGAAUUUUGUCAAUCAUAUCUUCCUGAAGACAUAGACGCAUUAGAAGAAAUAUUUGAAACAUAA